AUGGAGCGCUUGAGACAGACCACGAGCCUCAGGGCCGCACUGAGAAGUACCGGCGUGGGCGGUCCCGUUUUCGGGACCGAGGACCUGCGGUUCUUCCAACACUUCUUGCUGGACGCGACGCCCGGGUUGCCUAUAGGCGGCGAGGGAGUCUGGAGGGACGUCGCGAGGAUGGCGCACGAGUACGACUUCCUCCUCCACGCGCUCCUCGGACUGGGCGCCUCGAGCCUUGCGCUGACCCGGGACGCGCGUCUCGCGCGGCCGGCGCUGAGCCACCGCGUCCGCGCCAUCCGCGCCCUGAACUUGAAGCUCUCAUCUGGCGGGCCGGGACGGUCACUCCGGGGCGCCGACGGGGACGCGGCGUUUGCGGCCAUCAUGGCGCUCACGUUUCAGGCGGGACACAUGGCGGAGGGCAUGGUUGACUUUCUGUGGAUGGUCAGGGGCUCUUACGCGAGAGCCGUCACCGGCGGCAGCGUAGGUCACAUCGUCGCCACGCAGGCCAUGUCCUCGUUUGAAACGUCCGCAUUCCGUGGGUUGUCGACGCCGGAGCACGUCGAGGGAUGCAAGAGAAUGGCCCUGUCGCGAGGCGGCGCGAAGGGGUCUGCCGACGGCAGGAGGAUCCUCUCGGAGACCUUUGAGGGGUUCGAGGCGAGCCUCGGGAACCUGGCGCCGCUGUGCGGGAGCGUCAUCGAAGUCGAGUAUCUGGCUGGUCUGAAACAGGUUGCGGUCCUCUUCCGUACAGAGUCGGACGACGCCUACUACGCGUUUGCCAUUGUCCAGAACCGCUACGGCGAGAUGAGCCAUAAGGACUUUCUCCUCUUCAGCUCGCCGACGAACCACGCCGCGCGCCUCGUCCUCGCGCACCUCUUCCUGAUGGACUACCUCGUCGCCGUGCUGGGUUACGGCAACUCACGGGGCAGCGGCGCCGUCGAGGUCUGGGGCCGGGUCACACUGGCGUGGUUGGAGAAAAUAGCCGCAGAGCUGCCCGCGGAGCUGAGGAAGCACGCGGAGUGGCCUUUAAUAGUCGCGAGGAGGUGUACAUAUGGUUCCUUGGCCGGGGUUCUCUAA